UUUGCUUUGGAUUGCUCUUUUCUUUUUUCGUCUUUUUUUACCCUCGUUGCUAGGGUCGUGCGAAUGGCCGUACAUUUCAGUGCCGUUAUCGACGUCUGAUGCUCUUACGGUGCUUAUAUUUUGGACAACCCCUCUGAGUUUCGCCCGUCGAUCUGCUUCUUCCCAGAGUUUGGAUCGAUUCUCAGCCUAAAACCGAUCUGCGCGCCGCUCUUGGCACAUUUCGACAGCCGUUGUGUUUGCGUGCUUGUUUUACGGGACUUUAAUAGCCUCGCGAGUUAAUAUGAGGUGCCUGUAUCGGAGUCGAGACUAAAAGGCUACGCGUUACCUCGCCGGGCUACAUCGUACAGAAUAGCAACGGUGAGACUGCAAUGGCAUUAUUCAGUCAGCUGUGGGCGGCCGUUCGCGGUUCGUCUGCUACCGCCCGUCGUCUGCGUGUUGGCACCUUGGUCGUGCCCGCGCGUUCGUGCUUUUACAAGAGGAGCCGUAAAGGUAGCGACGACUACGAGCGGCCGCAGCCCGAGGUCGACUACCGAACGCUGUUCCGGAAUGGCUACAAGUUGCUGAAAGAAGACGCGCGCCAGUUCAGCGACGAGGUGGUCGAGGCGCUGCGCGGCGACUGCGCAAUUUACGAGCACGGCGACUGCGAAGUCUUCUGGAAGUUCGACGCCAAGACCAUCGACCAGUGGACGGUGACCGCCGACAGGGACAACGACGAGGGCUUCUCGCGGGCCGCGUUCACGUUGGGGCCCGCCGGCGCCGGCGUCUUCUCGGGCUACCUCGACACGCGCGUGCCGAAGGACGGCAAGGUGGUCCAGACCGGCUACUGCAACGUCCGCUCGCCCCGGGCGAGGCGGCCGUUCGGCAUGCCCGCCGCCUACGAGUGGUCGGCGUUCACGCACCUCGAGCUGCGCGUUCGCGGCGACGGGCGCACCUACAUGCUCAACCUGGGCGCCGACCAGUACUUCGACGUGACGUGGAACGUGCUCUACCAGUUCCCGCUGUACACUCGCGGCGGGCCUUACUGGCAGCUGGCGCGCGUGCCCUUCUCCAAGUUCUUUCUGAGCAACAAGGGCCGCGUGCAGGACAAGCAGGGCGCCGUCGACCUGACCGCCGUCAAGCACCUGAGCAUCACGCUGGCCGACGGCAUUGCGGGCCCCUUCCGGCUCGAGAUCGACCACGUAGGCGGCUACGUGGACGGCUCGCACAGCGAGGAGUUCGCCUACGAGAUGUACGAGGUGCCUCUGGGCUACGGGCUCGGCGGCUCAUGACCGCGCGAAGCGAACACGUGUGUUUUAGGACGGCAGUACGCGGCUAGCUCAACUUAUGCGUUCGGUUCGUGCACGGCCACCUGUGCCAAAGAGUCUGUGUCCUGUGUGGAAAGUGGCAAUACAUGCGAGUCCGUUCCGUCAACGUUCUGCAGCUUCGGACCGAUUCGAAGACAUUGGGUAGUGCAUAGAAAGAUUGGAGAUCAUGCAAGUAAACGCCCUUUAAGUGCACAAAUUUUGGUAUUUCCCAGUUUGAAUUACCUUCUUAAAGUUCAUUGGCACAGUGAGAAUAUAAAAGGCUUCCCAUGAUGCACAUCUCUCGAGUAGAGGAUGGCCAACUCUCGAGUGGGCAGAGAGGGGAGCGGCUGGCGACCCUGUCAUUGCUGCCAAUGUGUACGUGCAACAAAGUUGAACACCAUGUUGCAAUUUACAACAAAAUAUAGUACAGAUAGAGCUACUGUCAACGAUUGGGGCAUACAACAAAACUAGAAUGACAAAAAUGAAACCACCGAUAUGUCCAUAACAAUGCGACAAAGCCCAAAAAAAGAAUGUGCAGACGGCAUCAUAAAAAAAAAAUUCAUUAUAUCAGGCAUUAAAACA